AAGCCCUCACAUGGAAUCCUGAAUUCUAAAGGAGAAGAGGAAUACCAAAGAACACAUUAGGCCGAGAAACGGAAAGAGACAUGAGAAGAAUGAUGAAAAGCCGGACAGACCUAGAAAGGAAGGGCCAGGACAGAUUCGGUUGUAGAAUGAUGGUUGGCGGCCUAUCCUUCAUUGGGAGUAACAGGUGUAAAUAAGUGAAAAUUAAUUGAGAAUAUUCAACUAGUAAAUCAUUAAUUGUCAAGGUUUCAUUUUUUGAUUAUUCAAUCAGUUAUUUAUUGUACAACCUUACUUUAAUUUCUAUAUGGAAAAACACACAUAUCAAAAAAUUAAUUACUAUUCAAAUAUUCAACAAACAAAUUUAACUUUUGAUGUAGCUAAAGAAAUUUUACCUGUUAAAUUAAUAAUUAUUAUUUUAUAUUCAUUUAUUACAUUAAUGGGUGUAACUGGGAAUCUAUUAGUUGUAUGGAUUGUAUUACGUGUAAAAUUAUUACAAACAAUUACUAAUAUAUUUAUAGCAAAUUUAGCUAUAUCUGAUAUUUUAAUGAGUCUUGUAGCUACACCAUUUACUCCAUUAUCAUUAUAUAUGAACAAUUGGACAUUACCUGAAGCUGUAUGUAAAUUAUUACCAACCACUAUGGGUGUUUCAGUUUAUGUAUCUACAUUAACAUCAAUGGCAAUUGCUUUAGAUAGAUUUUUUGUUAUUGUACAUCCAUUUUUACCAAGAAUGAAAGUAUGGUUAUGUUUUAUUAUUAUAUUUACUGUAUGGAUUAUAGCUGUACUUAUUUCAAUGCCAUUAGCUGUUUAUCAACAAAAGCAUAAAGAUCCUAUUAAUAAUGUAUCAAGUUGUCGAGAAAAUUGGCCUAAAGAAUCAUCACGUGAAGUAUUUACAAUAGUUAGUUUUGUUUUACAAUUUGUCAUACCUUGUAGUAUUAUCUCUGUGUGUUAUUUUCGUAUAAGUUUAUUAUUACGCUCUAGAUUACAUACACAAAUUGGUAGUGGAACUAAAACACAUAUAAAAGAGGAACGUGAAAUAAAACGUAAACGUCGAACAAACACAAUGUUAAUAGCUAUGGUUAUAAUAUUUGUUAUAUGUUGGAUACCAUUAAAUAUUUUAUGGAUGGUUAUGGAUGUACAUAGUGAAGAACAAAUAAAUGAUGUACAAAAUUCGAAAAAUUUUAGUUUAAUCUUUUUUAUAUGCCAUUUAUUAGCUAUGAGUAGUGCUGUAUAUAAUCCAUUUCUAUAUGCAUGGAUGAAUAGUAAUUUUCGUAAAGAAUUUCAUCGUAUAUUACCAUGUUUCUUUUUAAAAUCAAAAUUUUAUACAAAUCAAAUUACUACACAAACUAUUGGUGGUGAAUAUACAGCUGUACGUAUAAAUUAUCCUAAUUCAACAAUUCAACCACGAUCAGCUAUUCUAAGAGCUAGUGAUGAAUUCAAAGAAACUAGUCAAUGUUUAUCAAAUGAAUUAAAUUUUAAUCAAAAACAACAACAACAAAAUGAUAAAAUUAAUUUUGAUAGUCAAAUCAAUCACCAUAAUGAUAAUAAUAAUAAUAAUAGUACUAUUAUUAGUCAUAAUGAAGGAACAAAUAAACAGUAUGAUCAUAAUCAAUGGACACAUAGAACAGAAGUGGUAAUUUGUCAUAAUCAGUCAAAUGAAAGUUUAAACAAAAUAAAUUUAAAUUUAAAUGACCAAAUAGAAAUGAAAAAUAUUACUGAUAAUAAUAAUAAUAAUAGUAAUGAUGAUAAAGUACUUGAAAAGAUUGAUUGUUCAGAAAUUAUUCAUUCAUAAAACAAUUGAACCUUGAAUGAAUUUCUUCUUUUUUUCUUAUUUAAUCUGACGCGAAACACGUACAGAUUUUAAUCAUUCUAGGUAAUUGAAAAAGAAAAAAAAUUAUUUUUUUUCCGUUGAAAUUUCUAUAUUAUACAAUAUAAAUAACAUCUUAAUGUUG